AUGUUCACAGACUCUAAGCCAAUGAGCCACAGACCCCAAUCCAAUAAACCCCGGGCUCUCUCGCUUAAAGCCACGGCAGAGGCAAAACCGGCGGCAAAAGCGGCGGCGAAGGCCAAAACUAAGCCGUCCAGGGCAGGGCUGCAGUUCCCCGUCGGCCGUGUCCACAGGCUCCUCCGCAAAGGCAACUACGCCCAGCGCGUCGGUGCCGGAGCUCCGGUGUAUUUGGUGGCUGUGCUCGAGUAUCUGACCGUGGAGAUCCUGGUGCUGGCUGGAAACGCCGCUCGGGACAACAAGAAGACCCGCAUCAUCCCCCGGCACCUGCAGCUGGCGGUGCGCAAUGACGAGGAACUGAACAAGCUUCUGGGCGGAGUGACCAUCGCUCAGGGCGGCAUGUUGCCCAACAUCCAGGCCGUGCUGCUGCCCAAGAAGACCGAGAAGCCCGCCAAGGCCAAGUAA